AUAUAUAUAAGUUUUCCACAGGACGGGCAUACAAAGUUUGCCGAAACGUUCCUCAAAGUCUUUCCAAAUUCCCAACUCCAAACCGCCAUCUUGGAUCAUCCUGCUCUUCGCCCCCAAAACCAAAAGAUCUCUCUUUCCCUUUUUCCCUCUCUCUCGCUCUCUCUCUCCCCACACAUCACAUCUUCAUUCAAAAAAGCAACGACUGAAAACCCAAAUAUCACAAUAUACCCUCAACAAUCAUCAAUCGGGACGGCGAGGUCUUGCAGGGAUUUGGGCAUGAAGGGCAUGAGCACCCUCAAGUUCCAAAUCUUCGACUCCUUUCCGGCGUAGUAGGAGCCCCAGGUUUAUGAUGGCUAAGCGCGUUUACGAACUGUGGAAGGGAAGUAAUAAGUUCAUACUUGGUGGGCGGUUGAUAUUUGGCCCGGAUGCUAGGUCGCUGCUUGUCACAUUAUUACUGAUCAUUGUUCCUGUUAUUUUGUUCUGUGUAUUUGUUGCAAGGCAUCUCCGCCACCAAUUCUCAUCAUAUAAUGCUGGAUAUGCAGUUCUGGUGGCAGCAAUCAUCUUUACUAUCUAUGUGUUGGUGCUGCUGCUUAUCACUUCAGCUCGAGACCCAGGCAUAAUUCCACGCAAUUCCCAUCCUCCUGAGGACGAGUUCCGUUAUGAUGCUUCAGCAUCAGCUGAGGUUGCAGGGAGACAGACACCAAGCUUGCAAUUUCCUCGAACAAAAGAAGUUAUGGUUAAUGGAAUUCCUGUGAGGAUCAAGUAUUGUGACACGUGCAUGCUUUAUCGCCCUCCUCGUUGUUCACAUUGCUCCAUUUGUAACAAUUGUGUGGAACGUUUUGAUCACCACUGCCCUUGGGUGGGACAGUGUAUUGGACUGCGCAACUACCGUUUCUUCUUCCUGUUCGUUUCUUCUUCAACUCUUCUUUGCAUCUAUGUGUUUGCAAUGUCAGCUUUCUACAUUAAGGUGCUGAUGGAUGAACAUCAUGGCACAGUUUGGAAGGCAAUGAAAGAAUCGCCUGCGUCUGUGAUAUUAAUGGUCUAUUGUUUCAUUUCAUUGUGGUUUGUUGGUGGAUUAACUGGCUUCCAUUUGUACCUUAUAGGCACAAACCAGACUACAUAUGAGAAUUUCCGGUAUAGAGCUGACAACAGGAUCAAUGCUUUCAACCGCGGUUGUUUGAAUAAUUUCCUUGAAGUAUUUUGCUCUAAGAUAAAGCCCUCAAGGAAUGACUUUCGAGCCUACGUUCAAGAAGAGGUCCAAAGGCCUCCUUUGCCCUCAACCAGAGAAGCUGAUGUGGAGGAUUUAGGUGGGGAUCCACGUGCUAAAGUAGAAGAUGAUUUAGAUAUUGGUGGAGAUUUAUUGAAGAUAUCGCAGCGCCGUAACAUUGAAGAAAUUGAUGAGGAAAUCCGCAGUAGAGGGAGCAAUGGGCCUCAGCGUAAUUCAUCAGAGGCUGAUUCUGGUUUAGAUUCCGAAUUUCGGGCUCGGCUCUCGAGUUGGGGCAGAAUAAGUAGCAGCUGGGAAAUUGCACCAGAGACCUUGGCAAACUCCCGAGUCACCAAGAGCAGAAGCUAUGUCACUCCAAAGGAAGCAACCAGGUGACGAUAUCCUUGGUUAUUGUUGGUCGGUGUCAUCGUGACAUCAGUGUGUGAUGCAUGAAGUUCUUUUCUAGGCUUUGGGAUGAAGUUGCUGUUGAUUAGAAGAUCACAUUUUAUGCCAUUGGGAGUCAAUUUGGAUACCCUUUUAGGUAUAAAGCAUGUAUUACCAUUUCUGUAAGAAAUGUUAGCUCUUCAUUUCUUUGUCCAAAGCAAUGAAUAGGAAUGUGUGUGUAAUUGUUUGAGAAGAUAAAAGGGAUAGUUUCUAUUUUUGCCAGUUUCUUUUUUCUUUACAUUUUAUGACAUGUCAAUAUUGUAUGACACUCAACUAUUGUGGAUUGAAUCUUUAGUGCUGGCCUUAAUUCAUUCAAGAAA